UCUUCGAUAAGACUUUAUCGACCUCAGUAGGGCUUCCCGGCAAAUCCAUUUCCGCUCUUCUUACCCUCCGUUCCACCUUCUUCCAAUCCUCCGGCCACCUCGACGGCGUCCCAACUCUGCCACCAUCUCUCUCAAAACCCAGUUCUCGAUGCGCUUGUUGUACUUGUUUCAUUCGCCGUAGUGUUUCCGAUGAGCUCCGCGGUGCUGGAGCUGGGGGUUGAUUUGAAGCCAUUUUCUUGUUCCCUUCCGAUUCUUUUUUGGUAUUCUUACUAUAAAGAUUGGGAGCUAUCUUUUUGCCCGUUAGUAGCUAUUCUCAUGGCCUCAGCUCACUUUGUAUAAGGUUUUGGGUUAGGCAGGAUUUCUUUGAUGAAGCAUGCAGCUCAGAAGGGUUCAAUCUGUACUGUGAGAGAUUGAAACUAGCAAUGUCAGAUCCAAGUUUUGUUGUAGGGCAACUAUUUGAUGAUGUUAAGAGUUUUCGAAAGGCUAUGAAAGACUCCGCCAUUGCACAACAUUUCGAACUCAAGAUCAUAAAGAGCGACUUACUUCGAUACUUUGCGAGAUGUGCGAAGACGGACUGUCCAUGGCACAUUCGUGCAGUGAAGCUCCCAAAUUCGCAAGCUUUUAAAAUAAGGAGCAUGGAAGGGAUUCAUACUUGCGGGAAAAACGUGCAGCUUGGUCAUCAGCAAGCAUCAGUAGAUUGGAUUGUGAAUCUUAUUGAGGAGAGGCUAAGAUAUGAUGUUAAUUACAAACCGAAGGACAUAUUACAGGACAUUCAGAAGCAAUAUGGAAUCACUAUACCUUACAAGCAAGCUUGGAGAGCAAAGGAACGAGGUCUAGCUGCCAUAUAUGGCUCUUCUGAGGAGGGAUACUGUCUUCUACCUGAUUAUUGUGAGCAGAUAAAGAAGCAGAACCCUGGAAGUAUUGCUCAUGUGCUUACUGUAGGGUCUGAAAAUUGGUUCCAGCGGCUUUUUAUUUCUUUCGGUGCUUCCAUUAAUGGGUUUUUACAUGGAUGUCUUCCUCUGGUUGGUCUUGGUGUAAUGCAGCUGAAGAGCAAGUUUCUCGGCACCCUACUUUCCGUGACAUCCUUUGAUGCUGAUGGAGGCUUGUUUCCUGUAGCUUUUGCUGUUGUGGACGUAGAAACUGAUGAAAGCUGGAUGUGGUUUUUAUCUGAGUUCCAUAAGCUGCUUGAGAUGAACACAGAGACCAUACCUAAGCUAACAAUCCUCUCUGAUGGCCGGAGAGAAAUAGUAGACGCCAUUAAGAGGAAGUUUCCAUCCUCAAACCAAGGUAUCUGCUUGCAACAUUUAACGGAAAGCAUCAAUAGGGAGUUCAAGAAUUCAAGGCUUGUUAAUCUUCUCUGGAGGGCAGCUUAUUCGAUCACAACUACCAGCUUCAAAGAGAGGAUGGCUGAAAUCGAAGACAUCUCUUUGGAGGCAGCGAAAUGGAUCCAACAAUUCGAACCCAGCCGUUGGGCUGUGGUUUAUUUUGAAGGUUCGAGGUUUGGUCAUCUUUUUUCUAAUGCUGAGGGGUUUCACAAAUGGAUUUUGGACGCCCAUGAGCUUCCUAUAAUUCAGGUUGUUGAAAGCAUAAAUAAUAGGCUGAUACAGGAGUUUAAUGAGCGGAGGGAGAAGGGUGAUAGCUGGACAUCUGUGCUUGCUCCGUCAGCUGAGAAAAUCUUAUUAGAGGCUAUUCAGUCUGGAGCUUUGUACCAAGUGAUUCGAUCGGAUGAAGUCGAGUUCGAGGUCAUAUUGGCUGAUCAUUCUCAUAUAGUGAACAUCGGGGCUUGCUCCUGUUCGUGUCGCAACUGGCAACUUUAUGGGAUACCAUGUUCUCAUGCCGCGGCGGCGCUCAUCUCAUGUAAGAAGGAUGUUUAUGAGUAUGCAGAGAAGUGUUUCACUGUUGCAAGUUACAGAAGAACAUAUUCUGAUGCCAUAAAUCCAUUAGAUUGUAGGAUUGAAUGGACUAAGAGAAGUCGGUGUCGGGGCGUUGAUGAGGUUGGAAAUGUUCGCCCUCCGAUGAUCCAUCGUCCGCCGGGUAGGCCUGAGAAGAAGCGGCUUUGCAUUGAUGAGUCAAAUCGAGAAAAGCAUACGGUUCAUUGCAGCCGCUGCAAUCAAACAGGACAUUACAAGAGAACCUGCAAAGUAGAUAUUGCUCCAGCUAUAGAACAGUGAAUUUAUAGUAGCUUUUGGCAAUUCAACUUUCGUUGGAGUCGAUGUGGUUUUGUUGAUAGGGGAGUGAUUUUAGAAUAAUGUAUAGUGUUGUUUGAUGAAUGAGGAAUGCAUGAUCUAGUUCAUAUUUUGUGAUUAGUCUCAACUCUCAAGAGUAAUUAUUAUAAAUUAAACAGAUAAACAUGCUUCUCAUUAAUUCUCAUAGUCAUAGAGUUAUUGUUGCUUAAUGUUUCUCCAUUUGCACUUGUUAGGAGCUGUUCACUUCUACGUGGUUCUCGGGGCUACGAGUUUAAAAAGUUGACCCGACACAUCAACUCGACUUAAACCCAACUCAAAAAACCCAUGCUUGGAUUGAGCUGAAAAAUUUUCGGAUUGGAUUUGGGUUAAAUCUCUUAACCCGUUUAUUUUUUAUGGCGAUGCUUAUAGUUGACACACCAACCCAAAAUUGACCCACAAAAUUGAAAUUGACCCGUUAACCUGAAAUUGACUGGAGGUUGAUUUAAAUGUUCCAAAAUUGAUCCAAAUAGAUAUUAUGCCUUAUGCUGAAUGUUUUAUAUGGGUUGGGUUUGAGCAUGCAGGUUAAAGGUAGGUCAGUUUCAGGUUGGAUCUACUAAUCCAUUUAACAUUUAGGUUAAAUAAUUUUAGGGCAGGUCAAUUUCGAACUCCACCCAUAGACCCAAUUUGACACCACUACCAGCAAAAAAUACAACCCAUCUAUUAUUUUAUACUUUCGCUUAUGUUUUUAGAUAACUUUUUGAGAU